AAAAUUUUGUUACUAAAAGAUUGAAAGAAAAAUGAAAUUGAAACAAAAUUUGACCGCAAAACUCGAAUCUACGGAGGAACGAAUUAAAAUGAUGAAAAAACGUAUCAAUAAUUUAAUGAUAGAACAAGAUAUGAAUCAAAAUAUUAUAAAUACUCAUUCUGCACAACUUGAAAGUGAAAAUCAUUAUUACCGACUGAGUUGUAGCACGGAAUCCAAUCUUCGUCAAGAAGCGCGAGAUUUUGAAAAAGAGUGGAAAUCAGUGAAUGAAAUAGUAUCAAAUAUUGAAAAAGAAUUAGAAAGAAUGACAAGAAAAAUAGAAAUUUCAAAAGAAACAAUUAAAUAUGACGAAAAAGGUUUACGCGAAUUGGAAGAAAUGUUAAAUCAAAACGAAGAUAAUAAUCAAUUAAUAGAACAAUAUAUAAAAGAAGAUUUAAAGGAAUAUAAGGAACUAGAGUUAAAAAGGCAAAAACUUAGUAAAGAAUUACAGUCAUAUCAUAAUACUAUCAUUAAAAUAACUAAUGAGGCACAAGAGAUGGAAAUUAUUCUUAGUCGAACAUCAACAUUAUAUGAUCAAACAUUAGUAGAAUAUCAACAAAUAUUUAAUCAAUGGAGAGAGAGUGUAACCAUGUUACAGCAAAGAAAUAAUGAUAUCAAAAAUAUUAUACAAGAAAUUGAAACGUUACAUGAAAUUAUGCAAGAUAAAAAAAAAGUACUUGAGGAAUCAGAACGAUUUUUAAAGGAACAGAAUGAUAAUAACAAACUAGUUGAAGAAUCAAUUAAUAAAUUGGAAAAAGAUCUUUUUAAAAUGAAAGACGAGCAACAAAAACUGAAAGAAACAUUUAGUACAUAUGAAAAUCAAUUAAUUGUAUACAAUAAUAGUGUGAAAAAACUAGCUCAACGUAUGCAACAAAUGCAAGCAGGCAUAAAACAUAAAGAAGUACAAAUUCAAACAAAACAUGCAAAACUGGAGAAAUUAAAUAAACAAGUAUCUGAUUUAACUACAAAAUUACAUGACAUUGAUAAUCAAAAAUUAGAUAUAGAAGAAAAAGCAAAGGAAGUCGAGGAUAUGAUCACGGAACAAGAAAAAAAAAAGUCUAAAAUAAUAAAAGAAAUAAAUCGAUUGCAAACAUCAAGUUUACGUGUAGUUCAUCAAAUAAAAGAUUUAGAGAAUGAGCAUAAACUUCAGAAGAUGCAGUAUCAGAAAGAGUCUAAAAAAUUCGAAUAUUUAGGUAAAUUACAUAGUAAGGAUGAACAGGUACUAGAGGAAAAGAAAGAAGUAUUGUAUCAAGUGGAAUUUGAAUUACAAAAAUCUGAGAUGAAAUUAGAUAGAUUAAAAGGUCUUGAAUAUGACAAGUCUGAAGUAGAAAGAAAACAACAAAAGAUUGAAGAACUACAAAAUACUUUAAAUGAGAAAACGAAAAUAUUCAAGUUAUUACAAAAACAAAUUAUAAGUUUAGAAGAUGACAUGAGAAAAAUAUCAAAUAAUAUGGCAAAUGACAAUACUGAAUUGGAGUCUUUAAAAAAUAAAAGGCAAGAUCUUAUUCUUUUCAUGAAUGCUGGAGAAAAAGAGCUAAAAUCUGCUCAAAAUCGUUAUGAAGAGAAACAAGUAGAAGAAGGUAUGUUACGGCUAAAGGUAUCGCAAAUGGAAAAGACAAUAUGUAAUCUUGGAAACAAUGUAUAUGAUUUGGAAAGAUACCAACUUGAAUUAGAAGCUGCAAUACGAGAACGUAAAACAGAAAUUGCAAUACAGAAAGAAUCACUUAACAUUCAAAAAAGAGUUGCUAGUAAUGAAUGCUCAGAAUUAAAAUGUGCUAUUGCAGAAAGAAAAAUACGAAUAAAACAAUUGCAAGCAAGAUAUGAUAACAGUGUAGCAUUACUAGGAACUAAUAGUGAUGGUACGCCAGUAAAUACUAUCCACUUGAAAAUUCAAAAUGCACAAGAAAAAUACCUUUUGCAAGAAGAAGGUGAUAAAUUAGAUGAAACAAUCAGGAAAACUGAACAAGAAAUACAAGCUAUGGAAAAUACAUUACGAAUAAUAAAUACUUGUAAUGACAAAUAUAAAGUUACUUUGAAUGCAGAUGAGGAUAACAAAUCUGAAUUAGAAGAACGUAACAAAUUACAUAAUGAACUUCAAAAUGCAGAACAGAACUUGAAAGAAAAAAAAGAAGAAUUGCAAUCAUUAACCAAAGAUAUGCAGAAAUUACAAGAGGUCUAUGCAAAAAUUCUUAAAGAUAUAGAUGAAGCUCAAGAACAAAAAGAAAAUAAAAAUCAAUAUCUAACUAAUUUAAAACAACAAAUUCAAGAACAAAAAGAAAAAAUAUCAAGAGCUGAUAAAAAUCUGCUAAAUGUGAAAAAAAGUCUUCAACGAAAAUGUAUAAAUACUGGGGACAAUACAGUACUUAUACAGGAGAAGGAGGUGCAGCUACGUGAACUUCAAGAACAAAAUUCAAUUGUUUUGCAAGAUAUUGCAGAAUUUACAGUUCAUCACAUAGAAACUGAAGCUUAUAUUAAAAAACUUUUAGCGGUUAAAAACAUAGAAUUACCAUCAAUUCCAAUAUUCAAUCAAUCACCACUAUCAAGUCAAUGUCAUAGUAGCACAAAUUCAAUAGAUUAUGAGUCAAAAAGUACAAAUCGUGGAAGCAUUUGUGGGUCAUCUAGAGAAAGUAUUGGAAAUAUUGUCAAUAUAGAACCAGAAUUUGAAACUGUUUCAGCAACAAGCUCGUCAAAAAAGUGUAUAAAACACAGGCAACAACGUGUGAAAACUCCUUUGCAAACACAGUCAAUAAAGAGGACUUUUUAAUUUCA